UGCAAUAAAAAAAAAUAUAAACUUUAAAAAGACAAAACGUCAUCUGUCAAAUUGUAAAAAAAAAUAAUUCAAAAUAGUGCGUAACAUAAUCGGUGAAUAGAAAAACCGGUAAAGUGUGAGUGCAGAAGAAGUUUUUCGUGGAAGGUUGUAUAUUGUUAUAUCGUGGAAGGCGGCUGGGAUCGGCCAAUGACGCCGCGGGUGACGCCCCCGCGCGGCUCGCCGCCGCUCUUGUACCUCGCGGUUUUGCUCCUGUUCAACGCGGGUACUGUCUUAACCCGUCGACCAGAACCGUACUAUGGUCGUGUGAUCGGUCGGUUAACCCAGUACGCUCACGGCAUACGCGGGACUGUCUAUGCCGUGGACGAAAAUACUGUGUUUGUGCGAGGUUUUGCGUACGACGGCACGGGGCCCGACGCUUACUUUUGGGUGGGGGACACGCCACAACCUUCGCCUGAAGGCACCUUAGUGCCGUAUCCUGAGGAUUAUACUACCAGAGAUCCUCCAAUCUUGACAACGCACAGCAAUACUGACAUCCUGCUGCGGCUGCCGGGUGGUAAGAGACUCCGGGACAUCAGAUGGCUCAGUGUCUGGUGCCGUCGGUUCACUGUAAACUUCGGCGAUGUUUUCAUCCCACCAGGCCUGGACCCACCGCGUCCAAGAGUCCUACCAGAAUUCAAGCGCCUUGCACACGGCCUGCGGUCAGGCAACAUCAGCGUUCUCGACGCUAAAACCUUCUAUAUCCCCAAUUUGCACUACGAUGGAGCAGGCCCUGAUGCUUACUUCUGGGUCGGGAAUGGCACUGAACCUAAUCCUUUUGGAACAAAGGUUCCUAACGAAAUGGGUUCGCUUCAUCCACUCCGUGGUUACCAAGGUGAAGACAUUGAGAUCCAGCUUCCUGGAAAACUUACAGCCUAUGACAUCGACUGGCUAGCUGUAUGGUGUGUCGAAUAUAGACAUAAUUUUGGACACGUUUACAUUCCUAAGGACUUGGAUGUGCCACCGGCUUUAGGACAGACGAAGAUUACUACGAGUUCAACGACCUCUCGAACACCGUUCAGUGCCACUAAUAACUGUAAAGAAAUUCUCGACAAACGAUUGCAGGUCCGGUGGGAAAUUCAGGUAAAUAUAAACUUGAUGACAUUAAUAAAGGCCAGCGAGAUCUGGGAUACAUCUUUUUCCUGUAGAAACUGAAACAGCAAAUCAAUAACAAGCGUAAUUAUAUAAUGUGUUUUACUGUGAAGGUCAAAUCAGCCUAAAGUAGCAGACUACACCAUAUCACACCUGGCCCAAUGUGACGGCGAACGGGGCGUGUGUCCAGACCAAAGACUUGGAGGGAGCAACGACGCAGUAUUGGUGUCCGGUCAACAAAAGAAUGGAGUGACAACAAUAACAUAUCGCCGGCCCCUUCAGGCCAAGGAACCCUCGAAGGAUAAAGAGAUAUUCAUAUCUCGGUCUCAGUCAGUCAUAGCAGCGUUUGGGCCACUGAACUCCAGGUUCGAAGCUAACGCGCACUCCUUCAUGGACACUACAAGAGCCGAUGUGCAACUCGACUUUGGAGCUAUGAAUGACAAUAACUGCCUGGGACUGGCGGAGCUGGACACGAACGGGCCGGCUCCGUGGCCAUCGAGGGUCAUUGCCGGUGUCACUAACUUCACAGCCCGCAUUGGACCGGCCGGCGGGGCGAGAGGCUAUACUCCUAUUACAGGUCAUCCAUCCUGGGGGAUAGCGUGGUACAUCAACGAUCUUCUGAUCCCCGAAAUAUACGUCGAGAGAGGCAAGACCUACACUUUCGUCGUCGAAGGCGGUGACGACAGAACAAACCCUGCCAAGUUCCAUCCGUUCUACAUCAGCGACUCGCCUGAAGGAGGUUUUGGCCAGAAGAAAGAAGAGGAUCAACGGAAGCAAAGAGUAUUCGCUGGUGUUGCUUAUGAUAAUGAGCAGUACCCGUAUCCUACAGCUGUGGGCCGCUACUGUGAAUGGACGCACAAGACAACCGACCAGUCAGCCGUGUCCGCGACCUUCGAGGAUUACAUGAAGACGCUUCAGCUGGAGUGCAACAGCGGGGAGCCCGCGGUGCUCAACUGGACCGUGGCGCACGAGACGCCCGACUUGGUCUACUAUCAGUGUUACACUCACAAUAACUUGGGUUGGAAGAUCCACGUGGUCGACCCUGGGACUCCUAUUCCAUACCCAGUCGACCAGCGCGCUAAUUCCUCUCAUGUGCAAAAUUUGGCGCCGUUUUUACUACUUGUCGUUUUGACAGUUCUCGGUACCGUGACUGCAAGAUAAGGAUGCAUUCAAAUUAAAACAAGAGCUCCGCUUUCAAGGGUUUAUAUGGCUCGAGUUUCUGUAAUAAGGAUCUUGGUAUAAUUCAGACGAAGAUUAUUACAUUAUCUCUUCAUUUUCGUUCACACCCUGUUUUGUUAAGAAAGAUCAGAAGAAACGAAAUAAUAAAAUCAACAAGAAAGAAUAUCACAAUUUUUCACUACAGACAAAAUAUCUAAAAAUAUUUUUUGUUUGUUAAAUGACUAGUCGUGUUAAGGACAAGACAGGUUAGUGUAUUGUUGUGAUGUGAUCUGAAAGUGUGGCAAACAUGAACUCGAGCUAAGAUUGUGAUAAUAAAUUGUUGGAGCAAUUAAUUACAAAGUGGAGCUCUGUUUAUGUACAGGUAUUUUAAUUGGGUAAAUAAUGUCAAUCUACAUUAUAUCAAUUUCAUAUCAGGCAUUGUAUUGUGCGUUCGAGCACUAUCUUUACAAUCUAGACUUUGGAAUACUUGCGUACCAGUAGUUUACUUUAUUAAACUAUUGAAACAGCGCUCGUGAGUCCUGGCUGAACUGUUUCACAACUUCGCACAAUAAAU